GCAUCUCGCAACUGUCAUAUCCAUUUGUUGAGUGCUGGGUUCUGAUCAAGGGUGAAGGGAUAGAUGAGAUUUAACAAAGUGAUCUAGCAAUACAAUUUUUUGUUCAAAUCUGAAGAUAAGCUGUUGUAUUUAUCUGCACCAUCCAGUGGCACCACAAAAGAUGCUGUGGAUAUAUUGGCUGGCAGCAAUGGUUGAGAUAGAGCUUUUUGCCACCUCAACAAUUGGUUUAUCCAAACAUAAUUUUCUUGCCUUCAACAGUCUGUAUGGGCUGCUUUUCCCAACAGCUAGGAUGAAAUUUAUCUCAGUACUGUAUCUUUUUCUUAAUUUCUAGCUAGCUGGCUUGACUCAAUUGCACCCCUAUUUGCAGCCACCCGAAACAGACUCUUCCAGAAAGAAGUUGAGCUGUUCAAAUUGAAAAAAAAUACCAAAUAUCUUUUGGUAAAUAUAGUUCAGACAUUUAAAAGGACAAUUUCGUUUAUGAUUGUUUUGCAAGUUCCUCUAUUAUAUUAUCUCUAUAAACAAAUGGAAUGAAAAAUAGCAUCCUAAACAAAAUUUUAAUAUAUAAUUAUUCAUCUUUCUCCUCCAUCUGAUAUCCUUUUUAGUCAUUGUGCCAUCCUCUUGUGUGAAUUCUGUGAUCUUAUCAAUAAAUUUGUACUUAUAUCAUAAUGUUUUGUUGUAAAUAUCUUCUUACUUGAAGAGGCUCUGAUGAUGUGCCCAAGCAGAUGUCGCAAGGUGAUCCUGGAGGGCCUAAAUGCAGGCAACCGAUUUCCUUGCUGUUUCAUACUGCUUUUAUUAAUUUUGAUAAUUCGUCAACAGCAGCAGCAACGAGAUUGAAAGAACUGAAUACAAAGGAAGAAUCUUUUAAAGGAAAGAUGCUUCGUUUAAGUGUUGAAACGGGUGGUUGUUCUGGUUUUCAGUAUGCUUUUCUGUUGGAUGAGAAGAAAACUGAAGAUGACCGAAUUUUUGAGAAGGAUGGCGUGAAGUUGGUGGUUGAUGACAUAUCUUAUGAUUUUGUGAAAGGUGCCACAGUUGAUUAUGUUGAUGAAUUGAUUCGCUCUGGUUUCCAGGUUACAACAAAUCCAAGUGCAGUUGGAGGAUGCAGUUGUAAAGCCUCUUUUAUGGCCAAGUGAUAGCCACCCUGAGAAUAGGUUCCACCUGUAAAACUCUAUAUCAUAUACUUAUUUUCUUCAUAAUGGCACUGCCUUUUUUUUUAAAUAAAAUCUCCAUUAUUCAGUACUUAGAUGAUAGAACAAAUCAAUUUAAAUCACCAUUUCUUUGAGAUGUGUGCUUCUGCUUUGUACUGAGCACCCAUCUGCAAAUUUUAUGUCUCAAAUGUGUAUAUUUUAGGUGGAGCAUACCUACAAACAUCUAUUCAAAAUGUUGGUUUUGUAAUAAAAAAAAAUGCCCUUUUGACUCCCUUUUA